AUGUUCAUGAUGUUAUCGUGCCGCGCUGAUAAUCUGUUAAUUGUGAGAUCGGGUCAGAUCAAGCCAUUAAUAAACGUCAAACCCAAGCAGGCUGUCACUGGGCUGCCGGGGCACAGGGAAGUUUUCCCGAAUUACUGCGUGGGCUUGCCAUGGGAGCUGCUCUAUGCGGAUGAUUUGUGUCUGAUUGCAGAUUCUGAAAAAAAAUCGGUGAAGAAGAUUAAGUGUUGGAAAGAUGCAAUGAAAACAAAAGGGCUAAGGAUUAACAUGAAUAAAACAAAAGUUAUGUGUUGUAAAGUAAGGACUGGACAAGUAGAGAAUUCUGCAAAGUGGCCGUGUGCGGUGUGCAAGACGGGUGUUGGAGAAAACUCAAUAAUCUGUAGUGCUUGUAAGAAAUGGGUGCAUAAGAGAUGCAGUGGACUGAUUGGCAGUCUAAAAGUGGCUGCUUUCAGUUGUAAAAGAUGUGUUGAUGGAGGGGAACAAAAGGAUAUAAAAAAAGAGAUAGAAAUAGAUUGUGAAGGGAAGGUGGAAAAAUUUUGUUAUCUGGGAGAUAAGAUAUGUUUGAGAUAUGCAAACAGUGCACUCGAGAGAAGAAACCUCGAAAUUGAAGUGCAGACUGUUAAAAGAAAAGAGAAUUUUAGCAAACCAACCAUUUGA